ACCGUAAAUUCGAGCGAAAAAUUGUCGCGGCGAGGAGGGACGUAUUUGAGUUUUUCCGGACACAUUUGUGGAUCUGUUUAUAAAAUGUCCUUCAUUAUUAUGCGUAUUUGGAGUAUUUAAAGCAAUCAGCUGUCAUAUUAAAAGCAAUAAACAUGAAGAAAAAAACAACAAUUUAGAAACGUCUUAACAUGGCUUUAGUAGCUGCGAUACUUUGGAUACGAAAUGGUUAAGUGACGGGUUGGUGAAUUAAAUGGUUUUGGAAAUAAAAGCAAACGAAAAAUAAAAAAUAAAUGAAAAAAUUUCACCAUUGUAUAAUUUUAAAUAACAAAUAAUUUUUUAUAAAAUAUAUACACGUGUGCUAAAUUAAAAGUGAAUUACAGCAAAAUAAAGUGAAUUCCAUGUAAAAAAUAAAAAUAUUUGUGGAAUAAUAAAAUAAAUAAUAAAAGUGCUUACAUGCUAGAUAAAUUAAAAAAAAGUACGAAAUAUAUUAUAUUAGCAAAAAAUUAAAAUAUUUGAAAGAAAAGAAAUUGCAAUAAAAAAUGUCAAAUGUUCGUAGGAAAUUACGUGUUUGGCCAAAUGAUUUCGUUUUAUUAAGCAGCAGAAAAGAAAAAGAACAGCAACAGCAAAACAAUGAAGAAAGUGAUAAUAGCAACGAUAACAACAAUAUAAAUACUACCAAUAGCGGCAGCAACAGCACCAUUGCCGGCAGCAGCAGCGUUAGCGCUCUUAACAGCAGUGAAAUUAACUCUCGCGAUACAAUGGCGGCUAAAAAUAAAAUACACGUUGCAGCAACAAAAUCAUUAGAUUUAACCGGUCCUCAUGAUGAUGUCUAUAAGAAUAAUGACGCUGCUAACAAUGAUGACGAUGAUGAUGUCUCAGGAGUUGAAAUUCGCAUAAAACAAUCACCCUCCAAACCGAUUAAUUAUCGCAAUGCGACCGUGGAUGAAGACUUUGUUUCAGGACAUCCAGAUGAUUUGCUGGCGGCACGUUUUGAAGAAUAUGGCACAACACCGCCAAGAACACGUUUGAAAAAUAAAACAAGAGACUGGGAGAGAAAACAAAGAGCACAAGCAGUUGCAUCUGUGGGACCAUGUACUGAAUCACCAGUGGUGCCUAAAAAAGGCAUGACACGUAUGGCACGUUGUCGUGUAUUGCGACGCAACACCAUGGAUUGUGCUCUGCUCAAUGAAAUGUUUGUCAAUGAAGACAGUAGCAAUGCAAAACGUACAGAUAAACGGGCACAGGCUUUGUUGCGUGAAUCCGAACGUGAGCUGAAAAACUCUUUGGCUACAGUGGCAACGAAUGCCGUUUUGGGUGGUUAUAAUCCACGUGUAAAUAGUUUCAGUGAAAAUGUCUAUAAUUCGGAAGCCCUCGAUAAGUGUACCCCUCUUAAUACAGAAGUGCAGCUGAGAUAUCAACAGCCUAAGGUAGUUGAAUCUUGUAAUCGUUACAUGAGUGUUUCAUCACGCCCCAUAGGAUGUCGUUCGUCAGCUCCACCUUUGGCAUUUGCACAUCCGUUAAGCAUGGGUUUUCAAGCCACGCCCGGCUUUAAAGUACGCAAAGAGUUUCAUGAAACAUUUGCCAAUCUGAUUAAAUUGGGUAGUGUAGAUCGGCAGGAUGCCAAGCUAUCGCAUGAGGAACACACUUGGCAGACAGAAGUAAAAGAUCUUAUUUGGUUGGAACUGCAAGCAUGGCAGGCAGAUCGUACACCCGAACAACAGGACAAAUAUUUAUUUGCUGCUCGUAAAGAUGUAUCAGAUUUAUUGACACAAAUCAUUAACUAUAAAUUCCAGCCGCGUUAUCGUCGUCAAGAAAGUGAACUCAGCAUGGAUAGUGGUUUAGGUUCAGACAGCAAUGCCAGCUCACCCCAACCACAGAAAAACUGCACCGGCUGUUUAUCGUUGUAUUGUAAAGACUGUGUGGACCAGCAGGAAAUCGCCAUGAAGGAGGUUGAGGAACUAUUAACACGUCUAGAAGCCGCCGAGGCUCUUUAUCCUUCGUCACAGGCCAUGGGCGCUUUUCAUCCCAUUUACAAGAGUGAAUCGUUUGUGGGACGUAUAAAGACCAUGUGUCUGUGGUAUAACAUUACCAAACAGGCUAAAUUGAAACUAACCAUAUUGGGCAAAAUUUUAGCCCGUCUGCAGGGAGAACGUUUCUCAUGGCCCGUACAAACUUCGUAUACGGCAGAGACAAGCAGUGGGAAUUCUACGGCAUCUGGCUUAGAGUAUGAAGAUUCUGGAAUAAAUUCCAUAGACUCAACCAGAUCUUCGGCAACUCCACAUAGAAAGCUAUCGGGACAAACGGCCCAUAAGGUACAGUUUUUGUUGAAUGAUGUGACUCACAUACCGGGAGAUACUACUAGUAGUAAUGACUCAUCUUCAACCGAAAUAAGCCAGAUAUCGGAGGGGUUAGGUUGUAACCAGUCUUCAGUAGCAUUUCGUAAAACAUCCAUGCAUGAUAUCAAUAUAUUCAGUGUUGAGCCUUUGCGUAAUGGCAGUGGGACAAAUCCAGAACAGUCUUGUGUUUUAUAUCGUAAAUUUAUAGAAAAUGUUCUCAAGUCGAGAGGUCUUGCGAAAUCAUUGGCUUUCUUGCAUAAACUGCAUAAUGUAGUGAUGUGCAAGGCACAGAUAUCGUUAGAAAAGCCAGGCACUGAAGAUUAUGAUUUUGAGACUGAAAAAAUCGAAGAAGACUUUCCACGCUUGGAGCCCGAUAUAAGCCGCGAACAGAUCGAGGAGCUGAGACGUUACGGCUAUUGGAGUGAGGAAUACAAAUCGAUAAACUUGCCUACUUACAUUCCAAUAUUUGUGUUUCUAAGCGGUGUGCCGCUGCAGUUUAUGCAUGAAUUCUUACGUAUGCGUUUGGAAACCAGGCCUCCAAAACCCAAUCCUCUUAGUUUGGAACAGCUUAUGAAGGAACUAAGAGAAGGUCUAACUCUAGCUUUGACACAUCGUGAGAGAUAUCAGCGUCAUAUAACCACAGCUCUGGUGGAGAAUGAAAAGGAAAUGGAACGUUAUAUGAGCAUCUUGAAUCAAUAUGAUGCAACCGUGCGUAAAGUAUUCGAAUUAUAUUUAGAUUACAUCGAUCAAUUGGUUCUAGUCGCUAGUCCGGAAACACAUCAAAAGUCUGCUUUGGAAAAAGAGUGGAUGUUUACCAAACUUAUAUCGCCCAUGAUAUCGGGCAUGCACACUUUGGCAGCCAAAAAAUUCUGCACAAUUAUACGCAAUCUACUUAAGGGUAUAUCAGAACGUUUAGUCAAUAGAUCUCAUGAAUUGGAUAUACAAAUCGAUGGCACUACCCAAAAUCCAGAGACUGAACUGAAAUGGCAAGUUUUGACCAUUUGUCGGGAAACACAAUCGCUGUUCACCGUCGAAAGAGAAUGUUCUGUGAAAGUAUUAUUUUUUGCCAAAACUUUUUGUCGUGAUGUUGAGUCUGCUGAUUUUCAUCGUGAACAUUUCGAACAUGAUGUGGAUGCUGGUCAUCCCGAUGAUUUUCUUUGCGAAGAAAUCAAAGAUUCCUUUAAAUUACUGCAAAAAGAUGUUCUAGAUGUUAGAAAUAAAUUGAUAAAAAUCAUAGAGCGAGUUCAGGAUAGAUGUUCACCGGUAUAUGUUAUGGAUUUGGAUGAGCAAGAUCGUCAGGCAGUUUUAUCCCGUACUCGGGAGAUCUUACAUCAAGGCUAUAAAUUUGGCUUUGAAUACCAUAAGGAUGUCAUACGUCUAUUCGAACAUCGAAUAAUGGCGAAUAAAAAUCAGGAUUGUGAAAUUGAUUUGGCCUUGGGCAUUAUAACAUUCGCCAAAAUGUGGAUGCAAUUUGUAACGGAACGCUGUGAACGUGGUCGUGGAAUGCGACCCCGUUGGGCUUCCCAAGGCUUAGAAUUUUUAAUUUUAGCCUGUGAUCCCCAAAUCACUAGACAUUUAGAUGAGACACAAUUUGAGAAUCUUAAAAAGAAAAUGGACUGUUGUAUUUCACAUGUCAUAGGCAUAACAUCAGAACCGGAAAAAAUUGCCCGUAAAAAGGCAUCACCAAGAACAAGAAAAACCUCUUCACCGGCCACCAGUCGUUCGCGUACACCUACACGAUCGCCCAUGUCGGCGGGAAUAAUAGUCAACCAAAUAAGCCAACAAUCGCCUCAGUAUAAUAAAUUUUUACAUCCCCAAUUCAGUCAUAAGGAAGAACUCUUCCAACGUACUGAAUCAUUAGAUUCCACUGAUUCUGCAAUGGGUGUUAGUGCCACCAAUACACCGACCGAAGAUUUACGUUUAAUUGUGCCAAACAUUAAUGCUAAGACAUCACCCACGGCACCAACACAAACGUCCGUAAUGGGAACGGUCGCUAACGCUGAUGCCUCCUUAGCCUUAAGACAAAUACGUAUACGUGAUGCAGUCAAUCGUCUUGAUCUGGAUUUGGAUGAACAUUUAAGAGAACGCAAUCUGAUUGGUCAUGUUAAGACUUUGAAUACCUGUGAUAAAGUACAAAUUCGAGCACGUAGUGUUAAUUUCCGCUGGCAUCGUGGCAUCAAAAUUGGCCAGGGACGUUUUGGCAAAGUCUAUACGGCAGUUAACAAUAAUACAGGCGAAUUAAUGGCAAUGAAAGAAAUCGCCAUAUUACCGGGAGAGACAAGAACGUUGAAAAAUGUAGCUGAAGAAUUGAAAAUUCUUGAGGGUAUUAAACAUGAAAAUUUAGUUCGUUACUAUGGUAUUGAGGUACAUCGCGAGGAAUUGCUUAUUUUCAUGGAACUUUGUUCGGAAGGUACGCUAGAAUCAUUGGUGGAACUAACCGGUGGUUUACCAGAAGGUUUGACAAGACGUUUCACCGCUCAACUGUUGUCGGGAGUGGCUGAAUUGCAUAAGCAUGGUAUUGUCCAUAGAGACAUAAAAACGGCGAAUAUAUUUUUGGUGGCUGGUGGUAAUAGUCUGAAACUGGGUGAUUUUGGUUCAGCGGUGAAAAUACAAGCUCACACUACUGUGCCGGGUGAAUUGCAGGGUUAUGUGGGGACACAAGCUUAUAUGGCUCCUGAAGUCUUUACCAAAACCAAUAGCGAUGGUCAUGGCAGGGCAGCUGAUAUCUGGUCGGUAGGCUGUGUUGUGGUCGAAAUGGCCUCAGGAAAACGUCCAUGGGCUCAGUUUGAUUCCAAUUUCCAAAUUAUGUUUAAAGUCGGCAUGGGUGAAAAACCUGAGGCACCCGAAACUCUAUCACAAGAAGGACAUGAUUUCAUAGAUCAUUGUUUACAACACGAUCCCAAAGAUCGUUUGACAGCUUUGGAACUAUUAGAGCACCAUUUUUGUAAAUAUGGCCGUGAUGAGGAUUUCAAUACUGAACAAUUGGCAGAACAAGGUCGUCGUUCUUUUAGACGCAAUAUUAAAACAAAAUAAAAACAAUUUAAAUGACUAAAACAAAAUGAGCAUUUUAAGGAUUUUUGUUUAAUAUAUACCUCGCAUAAUGCAAUAAAGAAUUUCAGACAAUAACUAAUACGCGCUCUAAUUUUGUAAAAGAUGAAGAUAAAAACCUUACCAAAAUUUAUGUUCUACCAAAUGGUACAACUCCUCUCUAUAUAAAUUAUUAUAUUAGUUUUGUUUUUCUCUGAAUGUUUAUUAUUGGCAUUAUGCUAAAAAUUAAGUUUUAAGUUUAUUUUUUUAUUUGUAGGUAAUUUGGUAAUUUUUUUUAUCAAAAUAUCUUUAUAAAAAUGAUUAUUUAAGUUGGAAAAGUUUUACAAAAUAAAACGACAAUCUUUAUAUAUUUUUCUAAAAUUAAACAAAUGUACUAUUUGUAAAAGCAAAAUAUGCAAAUUGUAAAAAUUAUACUUGUCCCAAAUAAAGUUCUUAUAUCUUUUUAGGCAGUUUACAAACUGUUGUAUGUAUUAAAUAAAAUUAGUUCCCUUUUGUUAACAAUUAAAUAAAAUUUGCUCAAACAUUCAAAAAUUCUAAAGUAACAAACAGGAUGCACUUUUUCCAUCAUGGUAACAAAUUUUAUUUCCUAAAAAGUCUGUGACAUGCCUGAAUGUUUUUUUGACAAUUACAUUUUGCUGUAUUUAUGUAUGUAUGUAUGUAUUUUAUUAUUUAAGUUUUAUUAAUCUAUCUAUGGGUUUAUUUAUAAGUUUAGUUUUCUAAACGAUCAAAAAUUUUAUGAAAUUAUACGCAAGCUUGUAAUUUGUUAUUUAAAUUAUAAAAUUUAUAAAAAAAUAUAUAUAAAAUUUAUUUUAAAUUCUUCAUAAUAUUUAUAUUGGUACAUAUGAAACGUUUUCAAUCUAUAUAAUACAUAUUAACAACUUUAAAUGUGUAUGUAUGUGUUUGUAGUUAUUAAAAUCCUAUGAAAAUUAUAGAAUGAAAAAAUACUUUAAUCAAGAAUAAAAAAAUGUGCCUCACAGCAAAAAGACAAUAAUAAAA